ACUUCCUGGAAGCUCACUAUGGAGUGCUACUUCCUCCCUCCAUUUAACCCUCUCCUUCCUCUCUCCUUCUCCUUACCCCCCUCAAUUCUCCUUUCAACAGCUUUUCCUCUCUGUUUCCUCCAUAAUGAAGCUCCUCAAAAACAUCCCCAAUAAGCUCUUCAAGUCCAAAAAAUCCCGCUCCAUUUCUAGAUCCGAAGACCCAUCAUUCGGGUCGGGCACAACUUCGUCUUCAUCCGAUUCGGAGUCCCAUCGGGGCUUCAAAAAACCCAAUGGGCUAGCUACGCCAACAAGCGUGUUACCCACUUUAUCCAACGAAAUCUCUGCUGACGAAUGGUCUGAGAUUUCGGCCGAAGUUUACGCCGAACUGGUACAAGCCUUUCACAUGAUUGACACUGACGGUGACGGAAAGAUACGGAAAGAAGAGCUGGAGGCUAUUCUGAGCAGAGUCGGAACCGAGCCGCCGAGUAAAGAGGAACUGACGCUGUUGCUUGAUGAAGUUGACAGGGACGGUGAUGGAUGUAUUAGCUUAGAGGAAUUUGGUGCCAUUAGGUCAGCGUUUGGGCCGCCGUCUUGUGACGACGAGCUAAGAGAUGCUUUUGAUUUCUUUGACGCCGAUCAUGACGGAAAGAUAACGGCGGAAGAGUUGUUCAACGUGUUUAGAACUAUUGGUGAUGGACGGUGUACGUUACAGGAUUGCCGGCGUAUGAUAAGAGGCGUGGAUAAGAAUGGGGAUGGGUUCGUAUGCUUCGAGGACUUUUGUCUUAUGAUGGAACAGCAGAGAUGACUGAUAAAUAAUUAUCAUGAUUUUCCUGGUGAUUCCUGAAAAACUAAGUCCUUUUUGUAUUUUUUUUUUUCCGGAAAGAAGUGGGAAAUCGGACCAAUUUAUAUGUAUGUAUAAAAAUGUGGGCACAAAUUCCUUCUUUUUUAACCCAUGAAAUGAAAUGGCAAUUGGCAAAAUACACACUAUAGAUUUAGAUUCUAAUUUCAGUGCAGUCUCUUUUGUAUCUUGAGCUGUGUUUUAUUUUUCGUUUUGUUGUAUUUACGUUUUUUUGGUAUUUUUGGAGAUGUUAUAUUGGCCAAUUGGGGAACUAAAAUUUUCUUUUGA